UUUAUCUAUAUCUAUAUACCGGACCCAGAUCAGUUCUAGCUCAUUUUUCAUUAAAAAAUAUGCUUCAAUUGGUUAUGAGAUUUGUUUUUAUAUACUAUAUCUAUAUACCGGACCCAGAUCAGUUCUAGCUCAUUUUUCAUUAAAAAAUAUGCUUCAAUUGGUUAUGAGAUUUGUUUUUAUAUACUAGGUUUCUUUUUGAAUCCCAUUAAAGUUCUGGGGUUGUGCUUCGAGAAUCGGAAUCCAUAUGUACAUAUAGUUCUUCUGUAUGUAUAUACAGGUAGAGAAGAUAGCUUUACGUGUAGAGAGAGAAAGCAUUGAGAAGGUUCGAAAGAGAGAGGAAAGUUGAAAAUUCUGUGGAGAGGGUGUUUUUCACUGUGUAAGACAUUAUUCAGAGAGAGAGAGAGAGGGAAAAUUGUGAAGGAGACGAUAGAUCUUUGAGCUUUGCAUGUAUAGAUAGAUAAAGUAUUGAGAGGGUUCGACAGCUACAGUUUAGAGAGAGAAAGAGAGAGGAUUGUUAAAAAUUCUGCGGAGAGAUUGUUUUUCAUUGUGUAGGCAACUACAGAGAGAAUUGAGGAGAGGAUGGAUCAGAGAGAAGCGAAUGAUAUAGAGAAUGAAGGGUUGGGGUGUGAAUGGAAGGAGAUGGAGAGGAAUACGUCGUCGUUUUCUUGCGAUAGACAAAUGAGUGGGACGGUCAGAGAGCCUCUUCUGGUCAAGAAUAGAAUCAACGCGACGUCGCAGAUUGCCAUUGUCGGCGCCAAUGUUUGUCCUAUCGAAAGCCUCGAUUACGAAAUUGUUGAAAACGACCUCUUUAAGCAGGAUUGGAGAUCUAGGAGUAAGGUUCAAAUAUUUCAGUAUGUCGUGCUCAAGUGGACACUUUCACUUCUUAUAGGAUUGAGUACAGGUGUUGUUGCCUUCUUCAAUAACCUCGCGGUGGAGAAUAUUGCUGGCUUUAAGUUGCUACUCACCACUGAUCUUAUGUUUCAGCGAAAGUAUUUUCAGGCAUUUGCAGCGUAUGCUGGUUGCAACAUGGUUCUGUCAAUGUGUGCUGCAGCCCUCUGUGCUUAUAUUGCCCCUGCAGCAGCUGGAUCUGGCAUACCUGAGGUGAAAGCUUAUCUUAAUGGUGUGGAUGCCUACUCUAUAUUGGCACCAAGUACCCUAUUCGUAAAGAUUUUUGGAUCCAUUUUUGGAGUUGCUGCUGGAUUUGUUGUGGGCAAGGAAGGACCCAUGGUUCACACUGGCGCUUGCAUAGCUGCCUUACUUGGACAAGGAGGUUCCCGCAAGUAUCAUUUGACUUGGAAAUGGCUCAGAUACUUCAAAAAUGAUAGAGACCGAAGGGAUUUAAUCACCUGCGGAGCUGCUGCUGGUGUGGCAGCUGCUUUCCGUGCCCCAGUUGGUGGUGUCCUCUUUGCUCUUGAAGAAGCAGCCUCAUGGUGGCGGAGUGCUCUUCUUUGGAGGACCUUUUUCACAACUGCUAUUGUAGCUAUGGUGUUGAGAUCUCUCAUUCAAUUUUGUCAGAGUGGAAAAUGUGGGCUUUUUGGGCAAGGAGGUCUGAUAAUGUUUGAUGUUAGUUCUGCAGUGCCGGCUUAUGACACUGCAGAUCUGCUGGCAGUUAUGUUCCUUGGCAUCAUUGGAGGCAUUUUAGGAAGCCUUUACAAUUACCUUGUGGACAAGGUCCUUCGGAUCUACAGUAUCAUCAAUGAGAGAGGUCCCAUUUUUAAAAUCCUGCUUGUCAUGGCUGUAUCAUUCCUGACCUCUUGUUGUGCUUAUGGCCUCCCAUGGUUUGCAAACUGCACCCCCUGUCCGAUUGGCCUGGAUGAAGCAUGCCCUACCACAGAUGGCUCUGGAAACUACAAGAACUUUCAAUGUCCACCACGUCAUUACAAUGACCUUGCCUCCAUUUUGCUGAACACCAAUGAUGAUGCCAUCCGCAACUUAUUGAAUUCCAGUAAUGAAAAGGAAUUUCAGCUGGCUACGCUUUGUAUCUUUUUUGCCGCUAUGUACUUCCUCGGAAUUAUCACUUAUGGCAUUGCUAUUCCUUCUGGGCUCUUUAUUCCUGUAAUACUUGCUGGAGCCUCUUAUGGUCGUCUGGUUGGGACCAUUGUUGGGCCUACAUCCAAUCUUGAUGUUGGUCUGUUUGCCCUCCUUGGGGCUGCCUCCUUCCUUGGUGGCACCAUGAGAAUGACGGUAUCACUUUGUGUCAUACUUCUUGAACUCACUAAUAAUCUAUUAAUGCUGCCAUUGGUGAUGCUAGUUCUCCUCAUUUCUAAAACUGUGGCUGAUUGUUUCAACAAAGGUGUCUACGACCAAAUAGUUAAAAUGAAGGGUUUGCCUUACAUGGAAGCCCAUGCAGAACCAUACAUGAGGCAGUUGGUUGCAGGGGAUGUCGUUUCUGGCCCCUUGAUAACAUUCUCUGCUGUCGAGAAAGUCGGAAAUAUAAUUCAUGCUCUAAAGAUGACUAGACAUAAUGGGUUCCCAGUGAUUGAUGAACCACCUUUCUCAGAUGCACCAGAAUUGUGUGGGCUUGUUUUGAGGUAUCACUUACUUGUGUUACUUAAGGGAAAGAAAUUUACAAAGCAGAGCGUGUUGAGUGGAACAGAAAUUUUAAGAAAGUUUCAUGCAUUUGAUUUUGCAAAGGCGGGCUCAGGUAAGGGGCCAAAGCUGGAAGAUUUGGAUAUUACAGAGGAAGAAAUGGAGAUGUAUGUCGAUCUCCAUCCCAUUGCUAAUACAUCCCCAUACACUGUCGUGGAGACAAUGUCUCUAGCCAAAGCUGCAAUCCUUUUUCGGGGGCUUGGCCUUAGGCACUUGUGUGUGGUGCCAAAGACACCUGGGAGGCCUCCAAUUGUGGGAAUAUUGACUCGACACGACUUUAUGCCAGAGCACAUUUUGGGAAUCUACCCACACAUGGACCCUCACAAGUAGCAGGAGAAAGCACGCUGCAAACUUUUUGUGACUGUUAAGUCUCUGUAUCACCAUAUAUCUAUUGCGGCCAUUAUUUUGUAAAUUCAGAUGAUUCAUAGAUUUUAAUGCUUCACGUAUGAGUAAUUUCUUUGGGGUAAAGGUUUCUGAUGGAAGAGGGUCAAGCUGCGCUCUAUAUUUUUGUAAUAUGCAGAUUUGUUUGAUAACUCUUCUUUACCAAGACCAUGGCUUUAUUUUUUGGUAUACAACCUCCGAUCCAUAGGCAAGUAAUUCAGACUUGCUUGGAUUGUACAUUCACCACCUGGAUUACCAUAGCCCUCCUUUGUCCAGGCUUGAAACUGAUGUGCGAAGAAGUUAAUGGUACUCGCCUUUUGCAUCACAGCUUGAAGGUGGCUUAUAUCACACGUCUAUCUUUCGGAUGAUGCCUGAAGGUAGAUUCUACAUCCCCCCCCCCCCCCCCAAGUGGCUGAAAGUUAUUUGUAUGUGUAGCAGGGGGAACUUCCUCAUGAUUUAAACUUCUAAAUUGUUCCUCUUGACUUCUAUGUUGUUGUGAUGGAUGAGGAAUUGCCAUGGAGGAUAAUUUUGACGGCAGUUUUGGUGGUAAGUAGUGUCUCGAGGGUGAUUAUUUGAAAUAAUGUUUAAUGCUGUUACAUUUAGAUAAACUGCAGAAGUGCUGAUAAUUUAUGUGAUUCAUGUAUAUCUGAUAAAGAAUGAAAAAUCUCUGAGAC